CUAUCUUUCUAGGGUUAAAGACUACAUGAAAAAAUUAGUAGCCAAAUUGGAAGAGAAGGCACCUGACCAGGUUGACAUCUUCAAGACCAACAUGAACAAAGUAAUGAAAGACAUCCUCGGUAGGUUUAAGGAGCUCCAGUUCUUCACUGGGGAGUCCAUGGACUGUGACGGCAUGGUCGCUAUGAUGGAAUACAGAGAUAUCGACGGCACACAAGUCCCCAUCAUGAUGUUCUUCAAACACGGUCUAGAGGAAGAGAAGUUCUAAUUGUACAGUAUAAGUGAAAAUUAUUAUUUGUGAAAAUUAAUAUUCCACUUCUAACAGGCGCCUAAACUCAUAUCUUUUUUAUUUAUUUACAAAAUCAUGUCAAUCUGCGCAUCGGCUGAAACCGGCUUCUCCCAUCACAACGCUGAACAAUUUUGUAAUGUUAAUAAAUAAAAUGUUGCAUACUAUAAAUAAAUUAAUGAACAAUU